CACUGUGUUGUGUACUGUAUACAGUGGACCUGCCUUGGUGACCGACCGCCUCACUGGGUGUACCAACACAGCGAACAGCAGAGCUGUAGCACUUUUGUCUUGCUAUUGCGUUAACGUACUACGCUUCGUAUACUGUAAUUACUUAUUUAGUUACCGUGUCAGUAUUAAGAAAUAUACGACGUGGAAAGUGUGUCACUGUUAAUAGGAAACUAACAGCAGUUUCUACAAUGAUUUUACGAAAGGCGCUCGUCUGCGUAGUGCUGAUGAUGACGACAGCUAUGUCAGCAACACUGACGUGCCCGUGCAAGUUAAGUGCGGUCGAUAAUCGGACCACUGCAGUAUGUGCCAACUUGGACCUAUUGGAAGUUCCAUCUUGCGUGCCGAAUGAUACGACAAUCUUGGAAUUUUCCGGUAACAACGUACCCGAACUGGAUACCAACCUCGUGGUGCAUAUGCCGCAGUUGCGACAUCUGAAUGCCGACCGCAGCCACAUCACCAGCGUUUCGGUCACUGCUUUCACUGCGACGCCGGAGCUGCGUAAGGUUCAACUCUCCCACAACAACAUACGUCAAAUACCAGCCGGCCUCUUCGAUGCAACACCACUCCUCGAGGUAGUGGUCCUAUCAGGAAACAUGCUGUACAGUUUGCCGCGCGGCCUGUUCAAGAAAGUUCCGCAUCUGAGAAGACUGGAGCUCAGCUCCAACUACCUGUCCACUCUGCCCGACGACCUACUGGCCGGCUGCGGGCAACAAGCCAUCUUGCGCGUCGGUACGAACCAUCUCACCACACUGCCGGCUCCUCUGAUCAGCUCCUGCUCCUCAAUGGUGGAACUGGACGCCUCUUCUAAUGAGAUGAGGGUUCUCCCAGUGGACGUGGUGGCGGCCAUCGGCCAACUAUCUCAUCUCGACACUUUGCGGCUACACGACAACCCUUGGCAGUGUGACUGCACUCUUUCUCCAUUGGCAGAGCUACUGCAGACGCACGACUCCCUGGACCAGCAGCUGACUUGCGAUGGCCCGCGAGCUGUGCGGGAGCGGCAUGUGGUGCACGUGGUCUCGGGGCUGGACUGCGCGCCCCAAAACAGUACCACGCCACCUCCAGUCCGCGCGUCACACCGCGGCCACCCUCCAGCUACAACCGGCACAAACACAGUCACCAUCGUCGUGGUGGCCGUGGUGGUCACCUGCUGCACCAUAGCUGCCGUUGGCGCCUUCUUCACCGUGCGCCGUCAUCGGAGGAAGGCUGUCGAUAAGUCUAGCCUUCUGGUCACUGAGGACGCUUGAAAAACCACCACAACAGCCAUCACUGUUACACUAAAGUGAUUUGCAAUCCAGGAGUCUGAGGACAACUCCCUACACUGUUAUCCCAGGGGAAAAAGUGACAGAGAAGGAGCGCACAAGACCACGUGGUGCUCCAUAAUGAUCAGCGAUAGAGAGAUGGAGUAUAUCAGACGCAGAGUAAGGUGAUUAAUUGUGACGGAUGUGGUUAGGUAUCAAGUACUGCCUCAGCAGACUAGGCCGGUAGAUGAAACUGUGAACUUACAGAAUUUUCCAGAAUGUUUGAUACGAUUGUUUAUUAGUAUAUAACUCUGUCCUGCUGUGAUAAAUCCCAUUUGUGUUUGGGAAACAGACCCUAGCUACUUGCAUUACCAUCACAAAACUACAAUUUUAACCGAGAAAGAAUGCUAUGUAUUUUAUUUGCUGCUCCCUAUUUCAAAAUUUGUUCUUUCAAUGAGACUAAUAAGAGUAUAAAGUUUGAAAUUUGCUGCCAUUUCUAAAUUCGUCUUAGUAUUGUACACAUUUAAUUUUAUAUAAAAGUAUUUAACUUCAGAUAGAGGAUACUGUAGGCCAAAUUUAAUAGGAUUUCUGUUAAACCACAUUGUUUUCUGUGGUAAUGAAAUUGAUGAGUUAGUAGCUGUGUAGACAAUAAUCAGAAAACA